AUGCAGAAACGCGAUAUCGAGAUGGCCUUCCAGAUGCUUUCGGAGGACGGGAAAAAAAUCACGGUCAAGAAUAUCCAGAACUUCUUCGACAAGUAUUUUCCGCACUCGCUCCACCACAACUGCAACAAGAAAGUCCUCAAGCUCUUGGGAACAGGGAGGGAAGAGCUCACCAAGGAAGCUCUCACCAACAUGCUGCUGCACAAACCCCUGGCUUGCGUGCCGUUUGAGGAUACUUUCAAGAUUAUGGAGCCAUCAGACACCCCUACGACCGUCUCCGACGAGACGCUGGUGCGGCUCAUCAAGACCAUGAACCCGUACGGCCUGCCCUACAAGGGCGACAUCAAGUGUAUUCUGGACAAGUUCGAUGCAGACAAGGAUGGCGCAAUCAAUCUCCGAGAUUUUGAAAAAAUGGACAUGUAG